AGAUCUAACGGCUUAUAACAGAAAACAAGAUCAAACGGCUGUCACGCAAUCUAGAACCAUAUAUAUAAGAACCACCUGCGCCGAUCUCACCUUCAUUUAGGGUUUUCGUCAUCAUCGUUGUUCAACACCGUCAUCCUUCGACAAAUCUCGAAUUAAGAUGGUUUUGCCUAACGAUGUUGAUCUGCUUAAUCCGCCAGCUGAGCUCGAGAAGAGGAAGCACAAAUUGAAGCGUCUUGUGCAGUCUCCAAACUCUUUCUUCAUGGACGUGAAGUGCCAGGGUUGUUUCAUGAUAACAACUGUAUUUAGUCACUCGCAAACGGUUGUGGUGUGUGGAAACUGUCAGACCGUGUUGUGCCAGCCGACUGGUGGACGUGCUAGGCUCACUGAAGGGUGCUCUUUCAGGAGGAAGGGGGAUUGAUCAAGUAAGCCAUUUUGGUUGUUCAUUAUGGUCCUUUGCCUGUUCUGAGCUGAAUUAUAAGUUUAGUCUUUGAUGCUAGCUUUUUUGUUCUUUUAUCUUUUUUUUUGGUGGGAUCACAAUCAUGUUAAGUUUGGUAUUUAUGAAUGUGUUCAUGUAAUGGCUAAAUGUUUUGGUUAGUGAUUAUGUUUAUGGAUUAAUGAUUUGAUUUUAUA